CUCAUCAACCUGGAGGAGAAGCCAUUAAUUACUUGGAGAAACCUAUGGCCCUAUCGAUCGAGUAUGCGAUAAGCAGCUGAGCUGAGAUUAUGCAAACAGGGAGGAUUCGAGUGGGAUCUGUGCAAAAUCGACGACUAACUUUAUCAAUAUUUCGCUUUUGUCUUUUCUUGGUGAGGAAAAAUGCCUGUCUCCGAUGAGGAAUUGAUGCAAAAGGCAAGAGAUAUCAUGAAAAAUGCAUACUGCCCCUACAGCAAAUUUCCCGUCGGUGCAGCCAUUCUAACGGCAAACGAUAGCAUAGUUGUUGGAGUAAACUGUGAAAAUGCCUCCUAUGGAGGAGCGAUAUGUGCCGAAAGAAAUGCGAUGACAACCGCCCUUGCCGAAGGACACCGCAAAUUCAAAGCAAUUGCAGUAGCCACCGAACUCAAGGAUCCGAGUAGUCCAUGCGGAAUGUGUCGUCAGUUUCUCAUAGAGUUCGGUAACUUUAGGGUCAUUCUCGGCUCAUCAAUCAAUAAAAACAUUAUGAACACGACGACGAAAGAACUCCUUCCUCAUGCCUUCACUCCAGCAGAUCUUGAUGACCAUGCAGCGCUCAAAAAGUGAUACAAUACUGUGAUAUAACUGUAUUAUAGGUUGUUGCUUCUUCUCCUGCAUUUUCGUGUUUCCAGA